GGUAAUGACAGCAAACAAACAGAAACAAGUCAAGGUAAAAACGUGUUUUUACUACUUCUCGGGCAGUUCUGCAGGACUCGCGGUUAACCACACGCAGAAUAUUCAUUUCGCAAUUUGUAUGAAGUGAAUAAAGUGUUUAUAAUUACUAGAAUUGAAUUGAAUAAACGAAAUGAACAAAUUUUUUCCACUCCUAAUUUUUGCCAUCGUUGGCUACAAUUGCCAGGAUUUUGCAUUUCCGGAAAGUCCGGGGCAGAGACUAGACACCGACACUAAAACUGAUAGAGUGCCACUAUUCGCUCCUGAUAGAUGUCCCGAAAACCAAUUACUAUACCCAGGGAACCAAAAGAAUGACUGGAUUUGUGACUGUGGACCCGGAUUUAUUUACUAUCCACCACGGGAUGGUUGUUUUAGUGCUUACCGGCAAGGCCCUUGUGCCUCAGGGUACCACCUAAUUUUGAAAAGAAACCAAGUUGUGCCUGAAUGUGUGAUAAAUCCGUGCAAAGAUGGUUUCGCCAGGUACAAAGGGAAGUGUUACGAAAUGGGUAAACCAAACGGUCCGUGCCCUCCUGUCGAGGCAGGUGGUGGAAUUUUUGACGUAAAUGCCACAACUUUAGUCGUCGAGUGUCUAAAAGGCACUGAUCGCUUGUCUUUGUUUAAUAUUCCGAAAAAUUGCCCCCCUGGGAGUAAAAGGGACCGAAAUAACAAGUGUCGAGAAAACUGGAACGUAUAAGUGUGAUUUGUAAAACAGAAAAUAAGGAUAUUUAUUUGUUAUUAAUAAAGUUUUUAUUUUAAUAA